UGUUUGUGAGAGAGGGAUCACACAAUAAAUAGGAGGCCAAGAAGGUUUUAAGAAUUGCUAUCAAGUGUAAAAAAGUACAAGAUUUUUUCUUCCAUGAGUGAGUUUUGGCUAUGAGGAGAGAGAGAAUCAAAAGAGUCUUAGCCUUGCUUCGUUGGACAUGAAUUGUGCUGUUUCUUGGAGUUGAAGGCACAAGCAUUUUCUUCCAAAUAAAAUUUGCAGCUCAAGCAAGGCAGCAAGCUUCCUCAGCCUGGACUGCUGGACCGCCUCUCUCAUUUUUUCUGUGAAUCUGAUUCUCUGCUCAGGCUGCUCUCUGCCUCUCUCAACUGCUCUCCGCCUCUCUGUAACAGAGACUCUGUUCAGCCGUUCAGGAAAAAGGAACCUGUCACUCAAAAAAGAUGGCCACGUCAACCACUUCUAGUGAUUCUUUUCAUGAAAAUGAACUUGAAUGCAAAGAAAUUAUCAUCCAGCAACCGCACUGGCGCCCCGAGUGUUGCAUCUACAAGGUCCCCAAGAGACUUCGUGAGGUAAAGAUGGAAGCCUACACUCCAAAGCUAAUUUCAAUAGGUCCUGUUCAUCGCGACAUAGUUGCAUUGAAUGAAAUGGAAAAGCUUAAAAAAAAAUAUUUCCAGGAAUUCUUUCAGCGGCCCUGGAAAUGCCAGGCUGAAUUUGAAAACAUCGUUCAAAAAAAUGAAUACAAUAUCCGCCAUUGUUAUGCACCUGACAUCUCUCUACCCAAAAAGGAAGUUUUUGUAGAAAUGAUUUUAUUGGAUUCUAUCUUUAUUAUUGAGCUCUUCUUGAGGACUGCUAAGAGGAAAGAAUUUGGAAAGGAUGAUUAUAUCUUAAGUAAACCAUGGCUAGAUGAAGGCAUAAAGAAUGACUUGAUGUUACUCGAGAAUCAGCUUCCAUUUUUUAUUCUUGACGAGUUACAUCAUCACAUUGGAAGGUCUACAAGCAAUCAUGAAUCAUUUCUUACACUUGCCUGUACUUACUUUCUUCGCGAAGAAAAGAAAAUACCCAUUGUGAACAAUGUGAAGGAAGUAAAACAUUUCACUGAUUUGCAGAGAUAUUUCUACAUUCCCCCCAACCUGAAAACUGGAAAAAUCAUUGAACAUCUUCAUAGUGCAACAAAGUUGGACUCGGCAGGAUUGAAAUUCCAAGUGUGUAAGGAAAAUCGAGCAGAUAGAUUUUUACUUGACAUUCAAGUCAAGAAGCCGAAUCCCUCAGAAAUUUUUCCAAGAUUCAAUUGCUCAUGGCUCUUGCCUUGCUUACCAUGCCUAAAAUGCUUUUGGUGCUUGGACCAUCUGCAAACUAGAUUGGUAGUUCCACACUUUGUAAUAAAGCACGGAGCAGAAGACCUUUUCCGAAACCUCAUGGCCCUCGAGCAGUGUCAUUAUCCACUUCAAGCUUACAUUUGCAAUUAUAUCAUGCUAUUGGAUUUUCUUAUAAACACUAGAGAAGAUGCGGAGUUGCUUGUUGAAAAAAAGAUCAUUGCUCACUCGUUAGGCAGCUACAAAGCAGUUGCCCUAAUGGUUAACAAACUUGGCCAAGAAAUCGUGGAAAACAAUUCCUGUUAUUAUGAUGUCGCUAAAGAUCUUAAUGACCACUAUGGGAACUGGUGGAAUAAAAAUAUUGCAUCCCUGAGAACGGUAUAUUUCCGUGAUGUUUGGAGAGGCACUGCAACUUUUGUUGGAAUUGUACUCUUAUUUGUAACUGUUGGGAAUUUCCUUAGGCCUUUUGUCUUUCACAAAUAAGUUUCCUUAGGCCUUUUUCACAAAUCAGUUGGAAAUUUGGCUUUCCCUGUAGUUGUAUUUUAAUUUUAUCAUUAAGUUUAGUUUGUGAUAUCGUUUCCUUCCUGACAAGUU